AUGGCUACAGACGCACCGACGGGACCUGUCGUCCCGACCAAGCGCGUCGUCAGCAAGGCGCACCUCGAAGCCUGGCUCACGAGCGAGACGCACGACGAGGUCGUCGCGUUCGUCGAGCAGCUGAACGAGGCGGCCGUCGGUAUCAAGCUGACCGAUGAGGUGCCUGCGAGCGAGGCCGUUGAAGCGGUUCUCGCUGUCCUGGAAGAGGUGGAGGGGAUAUACAACGCCACCCCGCCCGUAGACAACGGCAACUCGCGAUUCGGCAACCCCGCUUUCCGCGACUUCUACGACAAGGUCGCCUCCCGCGCCGCCGCGCUGCACAGUCGGAUACCAGGACUCAAUUUGGCGUACACGACGGAGCUAAGCGUGUACUUCUGCGAGUGCUGGGGGAACCGGACGCGGAUCGACUAUGGAAGCGGGAUGGAGCUGAACUUCUUGCUGUGCUUGCAGAAGCUGGGCGUGCUGAAGAAGGAGGACCGUACGGCGGUCGUGAUCAGGGUGUUCUGGAAGUACAUGCGCAUAGCCCGGCUGCUUCAAACGGGCUACUGGCUCGAACCGGCGGGCUCACACGGCGCGCAAGGCCUCGAUGACUACCACUUUGCCGUCUUCAUCUUCGGCUCGGCUCAGUUGCGGACGCACAAGUACCUGCGACCGAAGGCGAUUCAUGACGACGAGAUCCUCGAGGAGUUCUCCAAGGAUUACAUGUACCUCUCGUACAUUCGCUACAUCAACUCGAUCAAAACCGCUUCCCUGCGGUGGCACUCUCCGAUGCUUGACGACAUCUCCGGCGUCAAGACGUGGGAAAAGGUCAACAGCGGCAUGCUCAAGAUGUACCGUGCCGAAGUGCUCGCCAAGCUCCCAGUCGUCCAACACUUUCUCUUCGGCUCUCUCCUCCCAUGGCCGCCCACGCCCGAACUCGAGACACACCGCGAGGAACCGGACGUCCACGUCGACUCGACUGGCUUGUUACACGUUCGCGGCGAGGGUUUCGGCGACUGCUGCAACAUCCCGAUUCCGAGCGCGAUUGCGGCGUCGCAGAUGGCACAGAACGGAGGGAAGGGCGGAGCGGCAGGACUUGGACGUGGGUCGAACCCGGCGGUGCGGCGCAUUCCAUUCGACUGA